AUAUUUUUUACAAAAAGUGGAGAAUCUGGAAGCACGUUUAGACAGCCACCCACUGACAGCACAGUAGGAGAAACGUCAACGCGGACGAAAAUCAUCACAUUAUUUUCAAAACAUUGCAUUACAUCCUCCCGAGUGCGCCACCAUGUCCGAGGUAAAUUUCUCUGCCCGUGCCUACUGCAAAAUAAUGCUACAUGCGGCCAAAUAUCCGCAUCUGGCCGUGAAUGGGUUGCUUCUGGGCGCCGGAAAAGGAACUAACCAACAGAAGGAGGUGGUGGAUGCGAUUCCGCUGUUCCACCAGUGUUUGCACGUUACUCCGAUGGCCGAGAUUGCGCUGAUCCAGGUCGAGGCACGGGCCGCCCAGCAGGGACUGCACAUCAUGGGUUACUAUGCGGCAGCGGAGAAUUUCUACGACAACCAGGUGGAGCGGGCUCCGGGGGCCCGGAUUGCGGACAAAAUUGCCGAGAACGUUAGCGGGGCCGUCUUCGCCGUGGUCGACAACCGGGCCGUUUCGGUGAACAUGCGCUACCCGGCGCUCAAGGUGUGGCAACAGCGUGAUUCCCGCUGGACCAAGGUGGCCCGUUGCACGGUCGAGGACUCCAAAAACACCUUCGAUGCCGUCUCGAAUCUGCUGCAUCGGGGCGCCAUGAAGGAGCUGAACGAUUUCGACAACUAUCUGGACAACACGGAAAACGACUGGAGCAAUGAACACUUCAACCGGGAUCUCAAUCAGAUUCUUUCCAUGUAUUAGGUGCAAUGGUGUGGGAUGUAAGUCAGGAAGACAUUUAUAUAUGUAGGUGGGUUUUCAAUGUUCUUAUAACUAAACGCAUUUUACCUAGAGGAUAUGUAAUUUAUUCAUUUUCUGAAGUACGAUACCAAAAUAAACGGAACUACAACGCGGA